CACGAACGUUUCACUAGUGUGCACGGUCUUGUGGUUUCACUUGCCGUACUUUUUGCUGUUGCUUCUGCGGUCUAGACCGCCUAGAUAACCAACAGCAGCAACUGAAACCACGGACGCAGGUUGGCUGCUGAAGAACUGCCGGUAACAUAUUAAUCACCCACCAUGGAGGACGGCCAUAGCAAGACCGUCGACGAAGUCGUAAGCCACUUCCGAGUCGAUCCGGAAAAGGGCCUUUCCCUUGACCAGGUGAAGGAAUACCAAAAGAAAUAUGGACCCAAUGAACUCCCUGCUGAAGAAGGAAAGACACUUUGGCAAUUAGUGCUUGAACAGUUUGAUGAUCUUCUAGUCAAGAUUCUGCUAUUGGCUGCUAUUAUUUCAUUCGUACUAGCUCUAUUUGAGGAACAUGAAGGCGUAGAAGCUUUCGUGGAACCGUUCGUCAUUCUACUGAUUCUGAUCGCUAACGCCGUGGUCGGUGUGUGGCAGGAGCGCAAUGCAGAGUCCGCGAUCGAGGCGCUAAAGGAGUAUGAGCCCGAGAUGGGCAAGGUUGUCCGCAGUGACAAGUCCGGUGUGCAGAAAAUCCGAGCCAAGGAGAUCGUUCCUGGCGAUGUUGUUGAGGUGUCGGUCGGUGACAAAAUCCCUGCUGAUAUCCGUUUGAUCAAGAUCUACUCCACCACCAUCCGUAUCGAUCAGUCCAUUCUGACUGGUGAAUCAGUGUCGGUCAUCAAACACACAGAUGCCGUCCCGGAUCCCCGUGCCGUAAACCAGGACAAGAAAAACAUUCUGUUCUCCGGCACGAACGUUGCCGCCGGUAAGGCGCGCGGUGUUGUCAUUGGCACCGGUCUGAGCACGGCUAUCGGUAAAAUCCGUACCGAAAUGUCGGAAACUGAGGAAAUCAAGACUCCGCUGCAGCAGAAAUUGGAUGAAUUCGGAGAGCAGCUCUCGAAGGUUAUCUCGCUCAUUUGCGUCGCCGUCUGGGCCAUCAACAUUGGCCACUUCAACGAUCCCGCCCACGGUGGCUCCUGGAUCAAGGGUGCUGUGUACUACUUCAAGAUCGCUGUCGCUCUGGCCGUCGCUGCCAUCCCGGAGGGCCUGCCCGCUGUCAUCACCACCUGUCUGGCCCUUGGCACGCGUCGUAUGGCUAAAAAGAACGCCAUCGUCCGUUCACUGCCGUCCGUCGAAACGCUGGGUUGUACUUCGGUGAUCUGUUCGGAUAAAACCGGCACGCUGACCACCAAUCAGAUGUCUGUUUCGCGUAUGUUCAUCUUCGACAAAGUUGACGGUUCUGAUAGCAGCUUCACCGAGUUCGAAAUUUCCGGUUCUACCUAUGAACCGAUCGGUGAGAUCACUCUCAACGGACAGCGCGUCAAGGCCUCUGACUACGAGACGCUUCACGAGCUCGGUACGGUCUGCAUCAUGUGCAACGACUCGGCCAUCGAUUUCAACGAAGUGAAGAAGGUAUUCGAAAAGGUCGGUGAAGCCACGGAAACUGCACUGAUCGUGCUAGCGGAGAAGCUGAACCCCUUCAACGUGUCUAAGCAGGGUUUGGACCGCCGCUCGGGCGCCAUCUGCGUGCGUCAGGAGAUUGAAACCAAGUGGAAGAAAGAAUUCACAUUGGAGUUCUCUCGGGAUCGUAAAUCUAUGUCGACCUACUGCACGCCACUGAAGGCCUCGAAGCUUGGCAACGGACCGAAGCUGUUCUGUAAGGGUGCCCCCGAGGGUGUCCUGGAUCGUUGCACGCACGCCCGUGUUGGUACUACGAAGGUGCCACUGACGGCUACUCUGAAGCAGCGCAUUCUUGAACUUACCCGCCAGUACGGUACCGGACGUGACACGCUCCGUUGCCUGGCCCUGGCCACCGCUGAUGCGCCGAUGAAGCCCGACGAUAUGGAUCUGAACGAUUCGACCAAAUUCUACACCUAUGAAGUUAACCUGACUUUCGUCGGUGUCGUUGGUAUGCUGGAUCCGCCACGUACGGAAGUCACAGACGCGAUUGUUCGUUGCCGUGCCGCCGGUAUCCGUGUCAUUGUCAUCACUGGUGACAACAAGGCCACCGCUGAAGCUAUCUGUCGCCGCAUCGGUGUGUUCAAAGAGGACGAAGACACCACCGGCAAGUCGUACUCGGGUCGUGAAUUCGACGAUCUUUCUAUUUCUGACCAGCGUGACGCCUGUGCCCGCGCCCGUCUGUUCUCACGUGUCGAGCCGGCCCACAAGUCGAAGAUUGUGGAGUACUUGCAGAGCAUGAACGAAAUCUCCGCCAUGACGGGUGAUGGUGUCAAUGAUGCCCCCGCCCUGAAGAAAGCUGAAAUCGGUAUUGCCAUGGGUUCGGGAACCGCUGUGGCCAAAUCGGCAGCCGAGAUGGUGUUGGCUGACGAUAACUUCUCCUCCAUUGUGGCCGCUGUUGAGGAAGGUCGCGCUAUCUACAACAACAUGAAGCAGUUCAUCCGCUACCUGAUCUCAUCCAACAUUGGUGAGGUUGUGUCAAUCUUCCUGACUGCUGCCCUGGGUCUCCCGGAGGCUCUCAUUCCCGUCCAGCUUCUGUGGGUCAAUCUGGUCACUGACGGUCUGCCAGCUACUGCCCUCGGAUUUAACCCUCCGGAUCUUGACAUUAUGACCAAGCCACCGCGUAAAGCUGACGAAGGUUUGAUCUCUGGAUGGUUGUUCUUCCGUUACAUGGCCAUCGGUGGAUACGUCGGUUGCGCUACCGUCGGUGGAGCUGUUUGGUGGUUCAUGUACUCCGAUGGAGGCCCAGGGCUGUCGUACUGGCAGUUGACUCAUCACCUGUCCUGCCUCGGUGGUGGUGAUGGAUUCAAGGGCGUCGAGUGCAAGAUCUUUAACGAUCCGCAUCCGAUGACGAUGGCCCUGUCGGUUCUGGUCACCAUCGAAAUGUUGAACGCCAUGAACAGCUUGUCUGAGAAUCAGUCGCUCGUCCAGAUGCCGCCAUGGUGCAACUUGUGGCUCAUCGCCUCCAUGUGCCUGUCGUUCGCGCUCCACUUCGUCAUCCUCUACGUUGACGUUCUCUCCGCCGUUUUCCAAGUGACGCCACUGAACACUGAUGAGUGGCUGACCGUCAUGAAGUUCUCGCUGCCGGUCGUGCUGUUGGACGAAAUCCUUAAGUUCGUCGCCAGAAGGAUCUCGGACGGUGAGAGCUAUGUUAAAAAUAUGCAUGGACUAGUGUUAGCGUGGGCAGUGUUUUUCGCUUUCAUCAUAUGGGGUCCAUAAUGCCAGCGCGAUUAGAGACAGAGCCUGCGCUAGUUCUACUACUACCACUACUAUUACUACUACUAUUACUUCUUCCACCACCAGUUCUACUGAUAGAGGGGAGAUUCACUGUUAUUAGGGAAAAGAAAUGCGUAGAGAUGAACGCGAACAAGGGCGCGCAAAUAGCGGUAGCAACGAAUCACCGGCAACAAGGCACAGAGCACACACACACACACACACACACUCAUACACUCAUGUAUGUGCACAUCCCCACCCACAUUAUUCACCAAUUAUGUUGGGAUCGCGAAAUGUUGAGGAUUUGUGAAAUUCGGUUUCCUAUUGGAGAUAAAAUUACUCACUUUGGAAUGGAAAGUUUUUGGUAGAAACGCUCGUAGAUUUAAUAGCCGGGAUCCUCCAACUAUUUGGCCACUGCUAUUGUGAUAAACGGCCCGAAUCGUGUACGCUAUUAUCGUGUUAUUACGAAUGAAUGUUUUGGUUUUCAUAACGUUACGUUUCCAUCGUUUUUCUUCAUUAUCAUUCAAUUAACAGUUUCGUUGCUGGGUAUUAGCGUGCGCAAACGCAUGUAUGAAAAGGAGUUCAGAUACUAAGCGUACAUGCGCGUUUGAUGUAUAGAGAUAGAGGUAAAUGUGAAUGUGGGCUUCAAAGGAUCGAUUGAUCGAAACACGAAUGCUUCUGGUCUUCGUUAAAAAGAAGCGUUGAAAGUGUGCCGUGUGUGCUUUCGUGCUCGGCAGUCGAUUCUGUGCCGUUUGUUGGUGAUUCAUUUGCUCUCAUUCAUUCACACGCAAUGCGAUAGUGUUAUCGUCUAUAGAAUAAUAGAAUUGCGCUAUUAUAGAAUGAUGCUGCUGCAGUGCGAGCAGCAACAAACGUUAGGAACAAAGGAAAAACGAGUGAUAGUUGAAAUAUUAUUUUUAUUACUAUAAAUUUCCAAUUAGACCUCCCCCGCCGUUCUUUCAUGUGAUCGAAAUCAAUGUUAGUCCUCUCGCGUCCGCGUUCUUGAUUGAUUUCGAAUAUCCUAUCUCACACACACUUACUCCGUUCACAAGUCGGCGGUUUGUUUUACACCUAUCGAAGAUAAACAUAUUCGAAAACGUUCUGUAGCUUUAUAGACCUUUUUUAAUCUCAGCAAUAAGAAUGGACCCCAUGUAGAAGAACUAUCCCACGGUACUGCAGUAGUAGUGUAAGCAAAAAACCACACAAACAUUCAUCUUAUGUACGCGACUCACGCACGCGGUCCAUACUAUAAAAAUGGCGUUCGAGACGCCACCAGUAUGUGAGGCGUACAAUUUGCAUUGGGAUGCAGUGAGCGAUAGCGACUAAGCCGACAGUUUGCUCCCCUAGUCCCAUAUCUACUUUCAUCUCAUACAAAGCAAACGAGCAUGUCUUGUGUGAAAAACUCGUGCAGCGCGCAUACCAUUAACAGCAACAAAUAGCACCUCGCGCAACGCAAGAAGAGAAAAGGGGUGCCGUUUUGUAUCUAUGUAAUGCCAAAACAUGUUUUACACCAUACAACGAAGAGAAUGGUGCGUCAAGAUGCGUGUGUUUUUUUCCUUUCUUGAUUUAUAGUUUUCGUAUUGAGUGAUGUGUUUGUUUAUUAGUUCUGUUUUGAUGAGCCUUUUGUUUUACCUUCAGCUUGUUUUCUUUUGCCCGAUUUGCGAAAUGGUUUCUCAUCCACAGCAGCUUGUUUGGAAUUUUCAUGUUAUCGAGAAAUCCCUGCUAGCUAUACAAAUUUCUAACAUCCGAACACCUCAACAAGGACUAUCGGAUAAACUUGAAGAGGGGUUGGCUGAAAUUGUCACUUUGACUGGAAGUAUCAGACAUAUUGAUAGAUAGGAAUACGAGUUUAGACAAAUUUAUUGCUAUUUCUACUACCAUUCAGAUUUUGUGUGUGAAAAUUUACAACCAACAUUGUAGUUCUCAAAAAACGUUUUAAACUGAAACGAUACGCUUAUCUGAACCGAGAUAGCGUUACCGAGAGAACUACUAAACAACAAAAACUGAAAACAGUUCUCGAUCGAAUACUUUGUUGAUACAGAAUCCCGAUACUUCUGGGUUUCCAAGGCAACCAUGGCACCAAAUGGUAGCAAAUACACACAUUCUCUCAUGAAAGGCUCCGGCUGAGCAGUUUUCAGCGUAGGUUACUUAAUUUAUUUAGACACAAUAUACAGAACAAAAGAUUAAAAUAUUUAACGUUCGAUGGAGAGGCUUCUUUAGCAACACGACGACCAGUAAAGCAACAAAUAGUGGAUGAGACGUAAGGCGACGCUUGUUUCGGCGUUUCUUCCACUUUCAAAUCGAUGAAGUUUUCAGAAAAUUCCUCUAAAUUCUGUGGACUUUCUUCCUAUCGCUAUGCGCACUUUUUGUGCAUUUUGAAUGGCAAUACCGUCAAGAUUUGAGGGAAAUUUUUCCAGAUGCUUCCAGAACAGAAGCGAUCGAUACUAAUAGAGUUGUGCCUAGAGUAGCAGUAUAAGCGGGGAAGGAAGAACCGGUCCUCAAAAAACAACGUUAUUCCAUCCAAAGUACAGUAAGUGCUGGUUUGGAUGGGGAAACUUCGUACAUAGAUCGUACCUUUUCGGUUAGAAAGUAACAUUUUUGGUGAAUCGUUUCGAUGUCACGUAAGAUUAUUUUCGAUUUUGUCUGUUCCAAGUAUGAGUUAUCGGUUCAUGUCCACAUCAUUUUAUCACUAUUCCCUUUGAAAUUGUUGGUCGUCUUUUCCUUUGUUGCCUUUUGUCCUGACAGUCUCAUACGGACUUCCCCGCGCCACCGUGUACUGUUUAAGGGUUUUUUCUGUCAUGUUAUGACAUAAAGGCAACUUAUUACUUUCUUGCGAUCUACAGUUGUCAGCAAACGAGCAAAGAUGUAACAUUUAAAAAUUAACGCAAAUCAUUCAAUAAAUACAAACAUUGUUUAGGAGGUAAGAUGAAAUACCGAGGAAAAGGUAUGGGAAUAAUAAUUGAAACUAGCUAAAUCAAUGAGCAAGAUGCAACAGGGGGAAUGGAAAACUUCUUCAGGCUCAAAUAAAGGAUCGAGCCAAUGUGCAAUGAAGUUCCGUUAAUUAUAAACAACAAUUUCCUCGAUUGCUACUGAUAUGCUGUUUAUGGUGCAAUUCUUCUCAUACAUUGUCAUCACUCAGCAAAACAAGUAAAGUCAUAUUGGGGAUGUGAUUUCAUACAGCAAGUCGAUAAUAUUAAAAACAUUAAAAGGUAAGCCUCUCACAGUUGCUGUCGCUCUAGCGACGAACGAAUGCAGAACAAAAACGAUCGUGGAACGGUAAAACAUUGCAUCCUCAGGCAGCAGGAGUGUAAAAAAGAGGAAUCGAGAAGAAAAAAUCUGAAAAAAUAAAAAAUAAUAAAAAAAAUCAUUUUAAAUAUACUGAGCAAAUAACAUACGUUUCUCUAACCGCGUUUUUCUUACACAGUGCGCCCUUCAUACACUAACCUUUUACAUUUUUACGCACUCGUGUGCGCGAUUACUCAAUAUCCACACGCACAUAGCCAUAGCUGAUUGAUUUUAUCAUCUACUCCUUCAUCAUCUCGUUUCGUCUACGCUUUUGCGAACCAACCAAUACCACGGAGUUCGUUCGCUUCUCCCAUAAUACUAUCUCUGGAAACAAAAGUUACACUGGCAAAAGCCGUCGGAUGAUCCUCGAUCCUGACCUAACAGCGUGAGCGUGUGUGAUUCUGCUUUGAUAAAUAAGAGAUUGCUGUGUGAAUGAUUAUGCUACAAAGAACAAACGUCCAGGUUCUUGAGGAGGACCAGUCUGCUUGUAUUGAAUGUGCCGCGAAUGCUCACCGGCGUCCACUCGUUCCCGCGUGAUCCGGGUGAAUACGACUGACCAACCAACAGGCAACUAGUACUAUGCGCUGUACUGGGCGGCCAUACUACUCACCCACGAACCCACCCACAGGCACGAACCUACAGAAGCGUAAGAUAUCUUUAUAUCCACAACAUUUUCCAAUGCUUAAAAACAUCGCAUCUGCAGCAUCACUCCUCAUCGUAGCUCUUUAAACGCACGCACGCCCUGUCGCGAACAACUUUCAUUGGAUUGUAAGUACACUCUACUAAUGUAUAUUGGUCAUCAGUACAUUAAUCUGGUAGAUCUGGUAGAUUUAUCUCUAUAAGUAUGUAAAACAUUUUUCUUGUGAACGUGUGAUCUUUGUUUAACUGGAAACCAGAGUUCGUCCCAAACCUGUACUGUAUGUAGAAGCGCAUCGUUUGGGUGCUAGAUAAUUUUGCAGUAACUUUUAUACACAGAUGUACAAUUUUCUACACGCCGCCUAUUGUGAUCUGCCGCAUUCCGAGUGAUUAUGAACAAGACUGUAAUAUACAGAGUGUUUUGCAUAGAAUAACGUUGUAGCUAGCACACAGUAAUCGUAAACUUGUAGUGAACCGUAGUCCCAGAAUACAAACAAAAGAAUGGCCCACGUUGACGAUUAUAUUAUUUUUGUUUCUUC